AUGAAACGACAAGUGCUUCAAACAAGACAGAUUCCGAGUGUCUUGGGGACAUUGAAAGUCCCUCCAACCCCGCGUUGUAAAGCCUCCGGCAUCCAAUCCACAUUUAUUGAAGAUUGGAUGUUCUUGAACACGACACCGGCAGACUUCGUUCUUCCUCUUGAGCCGCUGGGACUUUCCGGACCAGAUCUCCCAAGGAUAGAACAAGCAGUCGAAGAUCCAGAUCCAUUCGUUGAUAUAAUGUCAUUACUUGACUCGGAUUGUCCUGGAAACCUCCAGGAGCAUUUCGAAAAUACCACCGAACAAUGUUAUAACCGUGAUGAGGAUAGUAUGCUUGGCGGGAGAUGGAUAAACCAAUCGCCGACUGAAUCUUACAUUCCCUAUGAGCUCUCACCUUUCGGAUUAAAUGGCAAACAACUGAUUCUGCUCGACUAUUUCACCCACAAACUGAUCCCCAGGUGUACUACAUGGCCUGUUGAGAAUCCAUUUGUUAGUAUAAUUCUUCCUAUUUGUUUAUCAGCCACAGAAAAGCCCCUGUUCUACACAGUCAUGGCCAUAUCGUCCCACCAGCUGUCCAUGCUUGAGGACAAACGGUUUGAGAGAGACAUCUGGGAAUAUCGCGCUAAAGCCCUUCGUGGCUUUCAACGCGAAAUCGGCCGCUUUCGGUCUGGUGAUGAGCCCGCCGCCACUGCGGGCUGGGAACACAUUACAGCCACACUGGUGAUGCUCACUUUCUUUGACGCAUCGUUGUGUCGGUUCUUCAGCUCCUAUUUUGCCGCGCACGAAGCAUUUGCUAGAACGGCUUACAACCUCGUCGACCCCUACAUGAGUUGUGUUUCUUGGUUCUCUCCCGAAACGGUCCCGGAAAUGACUAUCAUCGAUGCAUUUUUGGGAUGCUCCCCGGAGCUGAUUUUGCUCAUUUCAGAAAUAUCCGACCUCGCAACUGGAGGAUCUCCUCUUGGGUGUUCCCCCCAUGACCGAUUGGGCGAGGCUGAAUCAUUACAGGAGAGACGACGUUCCAUCAGUGCCAAGCGCCACAGCAUUGAAAGACGAUUGCAUACCUUGAAACAACUUUUACCUUUUUCUGCAACUAUUGGGAUUUCGUGUGUCGAGGGUGAACAGACUGAAAUCGAGGAGCUCCUUCAUAUCGCGGAGACACGUCGUCUAUCAGCCCUGGUAUAUCUGUACUCGAGGCUGGAUGAUGCUGCACCGGGGUCUUCACCUAUCAGCAAGCUGUGGAGAUUCCAACAGGAAACUGGUAUUGGAAAGAUUGGUGAGCCUACAGCAAACCAGGAAACUUCGGAAUGUUGGGAGGGCAAGGCAGAUUAUCGAGGCAGUAUGGAGAAUGCGUGA